CCGUUUCUCACUUUACCGGGACCCCUUUAUCUCCCCUGAUUUACUGGAAGCAAUGGAUUCUGACGUGCCGUCCUGCUCUGGAGCCAAAAAACGUCGCAAAUCAACAGAUCAAAUAGACGAUCCUGUUUUUGUUGAAUUCCACUCGAACGAACCAUUGAUGGCGUUACUUAACAACAGUGUCUCGGCUUUAAAGAAAAGAAACGAGUUCUCUUUAUGUAUGCUUAAAAUUUCCCAUUGUAAUGGAAUGGCUCCAAAAAACUUCUCAAAAGCUUUUUGCCAAACAGAACGAUAUAAGUGCACUGAUGAAGCUUCUUCAUCAUCAUCUACAUUGAGCCCAAAGCAUGUUAUGUUGUUUUCCAUGUCCAGUAUCUUUUGUUACGGAGAAGAAUUGUUGUGUAGUUUUCUGAAACCAAAAAGUGAGACUUGCCUUCCUCAAAGAAAAGGUGCAAAAAUUGCAUUAUCAAAGCUUUUGUAUUUUCUUUCAGAAGAAACUGGCGCUGCUGAAAAGGCUUUUGCAGAGGAAGACCGGAAGUUGACAGAGGCAGAAUGGGCAGUUGUUUUAGCUCAUCACCUGUUUUCAAAACUGUCUGUUUCAUCAUAUUAUCUUAUUGACAAGGGGUACAGCAAAUAUGCAAGAUGUCCAUGUGGUUGUGACGGAAUUUUAACCGGGGACUAUGGGGACACAAGCAUAGGUUGUCCUGAAGUUUGGCAUGGUUUUGUUGAUCUCAUGAUGGGCAUGAUUGGCAUAAAUAUAGCAACCAUUGAACCAGAUUCACCUGGUGGGUCAGGAAACCGUUCUUCAAUAGAAGUAAAAAUUGAAAAUACAGAUUUGAAAUCUAAUAAGGAGCAAAUGAUAGCACAGUCCAUUGUAUUUUCAUUUCUGCAACAAAAACUGCAUCCUGAGUUUGUAAACCAUUUAAUUCCAAGCAUUGGUAUAUCAAAAGAGAUGUUAGUUAUAUACUACUAUGAUUGUAAAAAUGAUGUACUUAUUGAAAGUUCUCAGAUGCCUUACAUUCAAGAUGAAAAACUGUGUAUUCCGACCAUAGUUGCUUUGUGGUUAGCAUUGAAUUUCAAGUACUUUUGUUCUGGUAUAACCAAGGGCAUGAAUAACUCCAGUUACAAAGCAGGCUUCUUUAAACAAGUUGAUGAAAAAUUAAAUCUGUAUAUGAAUGUUAAUAUGCCAUGUGGUAAGCACUAUUCAAAGGAGGAUAAUACCUGGACAUGGUUAGGAAAGCCAAUAGAAGAUGAACCUGCAGAAAAAGUCAAAGAUAUCAAUAAGUUAGAACCUUGGUGAAAUUUCUCAUUUAGACAAAAACUUAAUGUACACCAUUGAUCUUCUUUUUCCUGCCUAAUCAACAUCUUCUUUACCAAUCAAAGAACAAUACUUUAUUUUGGAUCUUCUUCAAGUGUUGUUGUCUAUGUCUGCAGUAGUAAAUAAAAGUUUCAGGUCAAAAGAUUGAUGAACAUAUGUUUUCCUACUUAAGGCACUCUUGCAAAACGAGGAUAUCUUCAAUCAAGAUGAUUUUUAAUGCAACUGCUCACAUUUUCAUGUGAAAAAAAUGUGACAUAAGUCGCCACUUUGUGUUUAAAGACCCUGACACUUCAUUGUUAACAAAUCGUAAAUGGUAGAUUCCAUUUGAAUGGGUAAAAACCAGAACCUGAUUGGCAGGUCUAAAAACAGGAAAGUUAUUUUUUUAUACAUUUUUAAAACUCUAUAAAACUUAAACUAAAAUCUGUAUAUAUAUAUAUAUAUCAUGUAUAUAGCAAAGAAGUGAUUUUUAUUAACUUUAUUGGUAUAUUUAUUUGAAAUAUGUGAUGUUGUAUCUAGGCAAUAUUUUUUAGGGAAAAUAUUGAUUUAAGUUGAAAUGAUAGAGCAUUAUUUUGAGUUGGAAUUUACUCUUGUCCACUUACUGUAUAACUUGAAAACAGCAAGUGAUAAACACACCUGGUCUUCAGUUAUGAUCACAGUACCAUUAAACUAUUUAAAUGAGGGUGAGUCCCCUGGGUAACCCCCCACCACUUGUAAUUUGAGAAUGUUCUUAAUAUCUUGUAAAUGGUUGUGAUCCCCACCCCUAUUUAAACCAUAUAUAUUCUUGUUUGGGACAAUAAAACUUUGGCAAAUGAAAUAUAGCGCGAGUCCCUUGGGUCUUGACUUCUUAAGACUGGAGUUUGAUGUGUCUUAAAUUUUCAUGAAAUUAACCGAAAUUUGAAUUGUAAAGUUAAGUAUUAAAUUUACAAGCACUUCUUUGUUUCAUUGUAAAGUUUAUUUCAUUGUCUUUUUGAAAAUGUUAAGUUUUAAGAAAUCAGUAACCGUUAACCCAAAAAUAAUUUUACUACUGGUGAUUAACAUUUUGAGAUAAAAAGUAUAUAUGUUCUCAUAUUAUUCAUCUAAAUAUUAUUUUAUUGUUAACAAUCUGUGUCAGAGAUUCAGGACACUCCAUUCACUAUAUUCUUGUUUUUCAAUAAACUGACCGACAGCACUCAUAGUGCUUUCAUUAAUAGGUACACCAUCAGAUGA